GCUUGAAGGUCAGUUGGGUUUAUUUAUGGGUUUUAAUUAGUAGUUGGAUUGGAUUGGAUUGGACAUUGUCCCAGCCCUGCAGCUGUUCAACUUCAGCUCUCCAGCCAUUCGUUGGGACUGCACUUUCGUCACCAAAAUUGAAACUGCCUCCAGUGGCCGAAGUAUGCCGGUCGCAUCUGGAUGCCUCUUGCUUACAUCCGCGACGAGGAUUCACGUUAUGGCCUUGGAUGGCCUCAUCAAUGUGAACUCCCUCUUCACCGUGGCACUCUUUCUCGGCCUCACUGCCACUCCCGGCUCCACCAUCUCCGCUCCAAUCGCACGGGGUGGUCUCAAGGCCUCCUGUGUCGCGGACAACGAAGUGGCCGAGCAGCUGGUGGCCUUCCACGUAUACUCAUUCAGCUCCUUCCUGUUCUCUAGCCUAAUAGCUCUGGCUCUGAAGCAGGCCAUCAAGAUCACAGAUUGGCCGGGCAGCGGAGGCGAUGACUGCUGUGACAUGCGCAGGAUUGACCUCGGUCACAUUAACCUUGCCGGUUUGCGGGUCGGGAUUCUGGUAUCGGGCGUGGGUUCGGUGUUCGGGUGCGGGUUCUUGAUGAUGGCUCUCGUGAACUUGGUCCAGAUCAAGUUGGGGACUUUGGCUUGCGGGAGUCUGUAUACCUUGGCUGCAAUUGUGCCCUUAGCGAUCCUAGUCCCAUCGGCACUUUUUAUUUACGUUUGCCUUGUCUUUUAUUCAUUUAAACAUUAAAGUUAGAUAUUAUUAGUUACAUAUUGUUUUUGGAGUCCUGAGUAUUACUAUACGGCGAUCAAAAGAUAUUAAUAUGGUAGGAUCGACAUUGAAAGAAAAAUAUUAAAACUUACUUCUUGCAGUACGAUAUGACAUAUAAACGAGUAUCAUAAAUUUUUAG